UUUGGCGAGUGUGGAUGCGUUCCGAGCAGAAACCGCGUCCAAACAAAAAUUCACUUCUGCCCAAUGCAAGCCGAAACACCGAUAAAAAAGAAAGAAAUACCAACUCCAAGUGCAAUGUUAUUUGUCACACAUGAAAGUUUAAAGUGUUUUUCUGGUUAAGUGUUGGAAAAUCUCUGUAUACGCCGCAGGAUAUCUUCAAAAUCCAAACUUUGGAAAAAAAAUCCAAUACAGAUAUCUGUGUAUAUGUAUAAUAAUGUAUGUACGUGUGCGUGUACGUGUGCCUGUGGUGGUGGUGCAAUAAUUGUGAGCGCCAAAAAGCCGAAGAGACGAAGCCGCGCAGCCAAAUAAAUCUCUCGUCUCUCCAAUCGCGCCUCUCGUUUUUCGCGCCGCUUUGCUUUCUCCAGUUCGAAAGUCGCGUAGUAAAAAGUGUCGGCAAAAUCUGCACCACCUCGCUGCACCACCCACCCACAACCAACCACUGAACCACUGAAGCACUCUGAGCCACUCUGAAUCACUCUGAAAUUCAGCCAGUUGGCCACUUUGUUUUUGGUCAAGUCUUUCGCACUCUCGACUUCGAAAUUCGAAAUUGCGAAUUUGGCGCGCACCGGAGCAUCAAGUCAAAAACACACUUAACUACAUAUCCAACUACCAGUUCAAUUAACAAUUGUUGCCAAAAAAUAAAAACGGUCAUAAAAGCUUUGCAACAAUGUUGAACAUAACCGGGAAAAGCAAUAAAGACUUUUGGCAACAAAAAACAUCUGGCUUUAAAUCGUUCACAACAAGUAUAUGAGAACGAAAUACAAUCUGAAACUAAAGUUGCAAAAACAAGUCAACAAGUCAUAACAAGUAAUGCAAUAAAAAAAGAAUAUACCAACUUUCGUAAUGCUAAAGAGAACAUUUUUCGUGAAGUGUCAAUAGGUGAAAAAAAUCAAUUAAAACGGAAAUUUUAUUUAAUUUGUGACCCGUUCUGCGGUGUUUAUUCCAUGUGCCGAGCACCAGAACAAUAAAACAAAAAUUAUACAUUUUGGAAAUCAACAAAAAGCAAUCGAUAGUGGCGAAAACCACAAACAAGGAAUUUGGAUUUAAUCGUGAAAUAUCCAAAACGAAUUGAUCCACAUAGAUACGCACACAUACAGCAGCAAAACAAGCGAAAAUGGAGAGCAAACACUGGAGCUGCUUUGUGGCCAUUGUUUUGGGCGUGCUAAUAUUCAAAAUGCACAUGUUUGUUGCAUUCGCCGAUCAGGAUGAGGAUAUACCGCACAACGAGGUUCGCAACUGGGCCUUGAAGUUCGGCGUUGACUUAUGGGAGUUUGGACGUCAAUUUACCAAAAUGAACGAGAUCAAAAGUCGCUUCAAGGACAACGACAUCGAAGUGAAGCGCAAGGAUGGCAUUAUCCUGCUGCGUGAAUUGGCCGCCGAGGUGAAGAACUUUAUGGAUUUCAAGCGCAAUGCUGUGAUGCGCCUGAUGGACUCCGCCGAGCAGGCGGCCCUGUCGGAGCUGGAGGGCCAGGGGCAGACGGAGUCGCCGAUGGGCGGACAGCAGCACUAUGAUGCCCGGCGGAUCAACGAGUAUAAUGCCGAUGGCAAGCUGGCGGACGGAGCCCGCCACAUGGACAUCCGGUUCAUGCGGCGUUUCGAGCGCCUGCCGGUCAAUCUCAGUCUAAGCUCGAUUCUGGUGCCGCACGGCGUCGACUUGGAUGAGGCGGACGUGAAGUCGGCGCUGCAGUGGAGCGGCCACUUGGACCCGCUGUUCCAGAACAACUUAGAGCAAGAUCCGGCAUUGUCGUGGCAGUACUUUGGCUCCUCCACAGGCUUCCUGCGCCGCUUCCCGGGCACCGCCUGGCCCCCGGAGGGCUCCAAGGGCAGCAAGCUCAUCCACGACUUCCGCACGCACAAUUGGUUCGUCCAGGCCGCCUCGUCGCCCAAGGACAUUAUGAUUCUCCUGGACGCCUCGUCGAGCAUGACAGAGAAGUCCUUCGACCUGGGCAUGGCCACCGCCUUCAACAUUCUGGACACCCUGGGCGAAGAUGACUUUGUGAACCUGAUCACCUUCUCGGAGGUGGUCAAGACACCCGUGCCCUGCUUCAAGGAUCGCAUGGUACGGGCCACACCCGAUAAUAUCCAAGAGAUUAAGUCGGCCGUGAAGGCCAUCAAGCUGCAGGACACGGCCAACUUUACGGCGGGCUUGGAGUACGCAUUCAGUUUGCUGCACAAGUACAACCAAUCGGGGGCUGGAAGCCAGUGCAAUCAGGCCAUCAUGCUGAUCACGGAAAGCACCUCGGAGUCGCACAAGGACGUGAUCAAGCAGUACAACUGGCCACAUAUGCCCGUCCGCAUCUUCACCUACCUGAUUGGCAGCGAUUCCGGCAGCCGGAGCAAUCUGCAUGACAUGGCCUGCUCGAACAAGGGAUUCUUUGUCCAGAUCAACGACUACGAUGAGGCCCGUCGCAAGGUGAUCGACUAUGCCCUGGUAAUGGCCCGUCCGAUGAUCAUGUACCAGGCGGAUCAUCCCGUCCACUGGAGUCCAGUGUUUGUGGCUGGGAAGUCCGGGGGACUUGGACGCGAUUCGGAGUAUCAGCGACGCCUGGUGACGACAGUUUCAACUCCGGUCUUCGAUAGACGAAACCAUUCGGUGCGCGUUGCCAAUCUGCUGGGCGUGGUGGGCACCGAUGUGCCCAUCGAGGAGAUCCGUAAGGUGAUCCCCCACUACAAGCUGGGACCGAAUGGAUAUUCGUUUAUCGUGGAUAACAACGGACGGGUGCUCUAUCACCCCGAUCUGCGACCCCUGGGCGAUGCCAACCAAUAUAUCGACCAGUUGAAGCCCAAGUACGCCUCGGUCGACAUCACGGAGUUGGAACUGCCGGAAACGGAGUUCGGCAAUAAUAACGAACCCAUUGAAAUAAACAAGAAUCUUCUGAACGAGAUGCGCGGCGAUAUGAUAAAACCCAAAGAGGGAGAGACGGAAUUCACUGUGAUGAAUCCCUACGAUGACUCGAAGAGGGUUUCGACCAGGACACAUAGGUACUUCUACGGUCCCAUCGAGGACACACCAUUCACCCUGGCUAUUGUGCUCCCGGAGAAAUACGGUAGCCAUGAGUUUGUCUCCCAGCAGGAGAUCCGUCAUUCGCGUAACAAUGUUACCGAAUACUUUAAGGGGGACAACUGGCGCGUACAUCCCGACUGGGUGUACUGCGAGUACAAUAGCGUGAGUGAUCUAGAAAAGGAACGGGAAAGCUCCGGGGAGUACUCCUCACGUGAUCAGGAGCCCAGCUUCGGGUCGCCAGAGGAGCAGGUAUUGCAUUUUCUGUCUCGCGCUGGACGCCCUGGUUGGAAGUGGAUGUCGGUUCGACCCAAGUCGCCGCAGCCACAUCACAACAUGCACAGUGGCUCCAACGGCAAUCCGCCCGGAUCGAGCCACUUUGGAUCGCAGCACUCCAGCUCUCAGGGAUCUCGCAAGGCUGAGCCCUACUUCUGCGAUCGAACCCUCAUCCAGAGCUUGGUGCGCGAUGCCAUGGUCACCGAUGGACUCGACAGGAAUACCACGGGUUCCUCCAGCGGCAAAGAGGAUAAGCAUCCAAUCGCCACAUUGAUGGCAAUUCUCAAGAGGCAAGGCUAUCAGAAAUUUAUGGUUGCUACUUCGUUUGUGGCUACGAGAUCGGGUCUUCUCCGGUGGAUUGAUCAUGUCAAGCGACCUGACGAUACCCCCGAACCACACUUUAGCGAGGAUAAUGUAAGAGCCAUGGACACAUCGUGGUACAAACGAGCCAUAGAUCAGCACUCCGUGGAACCAGACAGUUUUGUGUACAGUGUACCCUUUGGUUCGGGCUAUGCCAUCAAGUCGAAUGCAACCCUGGUGACCGCCUCACAUGCCAUAUUUGUGGAGCAUCGAGGUCACAAAGCUCCCGCGGGAGUUGUGGGUCUCCAGUUCCAGCACGAUUCGCUAGCGAAACAUUUCAUUAACAUCACAUCAGCCUGCACUGGAAUGACGGGCUGCAAGAGAACGUGUGCAUCGGACAAUCUCGACUGCUAUGUCUUGGAUAACAGCGGGUUUGUGAUCAUAUCGGAGGAGAUGGAGCACACGGGCAAGUUCUUCGGUCAGAUCGAUGGGACCAUCAUGGACUCCUUGGUCCAGGACCGCAUCUACAAAAGGGUAACGGUCAACGACUACCAAGGUGUCUGCUCCGAUGCGGACAAUCCCUAUACGGCUGCUGGUGGCAUCUUGCAACCGAAUCGCCUGGGCUCCUGGUUCUUCAAUCACCUCUUGGCCCUGAGCGCCACUUGGUUGUCCUUUAUGCCGGCAUCCUUGAGGGCGUGGCCACAGGAAGAGUACACCUACGACAAUGAGGAUGUUGUGUUUGUGGACAACAAUUAUUCUGAUGAAUACGAGUUCGGGAAUGAAAAUGAAUACAACAUGCAGGUGGACCAGGAAAUGGAUGAGUUUUUCACCACAGCAGAUGUGGAAUAUACGACGCCACCACCUAGGCAGCAUAAGCCUCAUGUGGGACCGCGGUUUUCACCGGAUCCCCAGAAUGCUAGACGCUGCGAUCUGCGCACAGAUCUCUACAUGCUUCAGCCCGAGCGACUCAACCAGGGUGGUCAAAACAAUCCACUCAAGGGUAAACUAACCAAUUGUCAUGCUUCCGGUUGCGAGCGUCCUUUCAGCGUCCAGAAGAUCCCGCACAGCAAUCUGAUCCUGUUGGUCGUGGACACUCUGUGUCCAUGCGGUUCCAAGCAAUUGGACAUUGAGCCCAUGGAGGAGGCGGGCGUAAUCGGAGCCUGUAGUACGAGACGUCAGGGUCAAGAGCAAGAGUCGCGCCGACGACCCAAAAAGUGCAUCAACUACCAUCCCGAGGAGAUCGAGAUACAGCAAUGUGGACGUGGCAGCACCCUGCUGCACAUGUCCGGCUCGGUAAUUGUGGCCCAUCUCCUAAUGGUCACCGUGACCUUUGUGCUUGCCAAUGCGUGAUACGAGCACUAAAUCAGUUUUGAAUGUUAGGUUUGCACUAUUUUUGUGUCGAGUAUAAUAAGCGAAAGAGAGGGCCUCUAAAGGGCAAUUUAUUUUGAUCCAAGGAAAUACGCAGUUAGAGUUUGUUGAUUUGAGAUCGAAGUGGGAGCUGUUAGUAAACCCCUUACCACUAAAUGUGGUAAAAGGAAAAAUCAAAUAUGUAUUUAUUAGAUGAUUCGCAAAAAGAGCAACGUUACACAGAUAAUAGUAACACGUUUAUAUCCCUAUUUUUGUAGACAAUAAUUUGCAGGACAAGAUUUACAUUGACCAUUAGACAAAACGAUAGCUAAACACAAAUUCUGUAAGUAAGUGCAGUACGAAUAGCAUUUAAAACAAAAUUGUUUAGACGAAUAUAAAUACUUUCUAGAACGAGCUUUGUUUACCAUUUAUCUAUUGAUUUUCAUCCAAAUUAAGAGACGCAAAAGAAAGAUGCAGUGCAAAAAUUAUUAACUGAAUAUAAUAAUGAAGAAAAAACAAUUAUCAGCCGGAUUAUGUAAAUAGUAUCAGAAAAUAUUUAAAAUGAGCAAAAUUCCUACCGAUAAAUAAUUCGUUAUUUUUCCUGUUUUCUAUCGUACAACUUUAAUACUAAACAAAUGGAGUUACUUUUGCACUCAACUGCGUACGCACAAAUAUCAAGUAUUAUAUAUUUUACAACCAAACGAAAUCGAAUUCACUGAACAAAUGGAAGACUUGAAAUACCAGACAGCAAUGUAAAAACAACAAAAGCACACCAAAAACAAAAGAAAAACCAGAACAAUGAUAUAGGCAGUUCAUAUCUGCUAUGUAUAUGGUUGACAUCCAAUUUUGAACAGAAAAAGCAAAACCAAUACAAAGGAAAAACAAGUUAAUUAUUAAAUAUAUAUUUGAUUAGUUUUGCAUAAAACAAAAAAUAAUAAUAAAAGAAAGUGAAAAAGAAAUAAUAAUUUAUUUUAUAUACAUUUUUAUACAAACCUCAUUCAUAUAAAAAACAAGCGAAAACCAAAUCGAUCAACUAGAAUAAUCGUUUCAUUAAUUUCUAGACUAUACCGUACGUUCUUUGUGUUUUAUUUUAUUUAUUAGGCCUACAUAGAAAUUUACAUAUCUAUCGGAGUUCUGAAAUAAAGAAUAUUUGUUUCUUUUCUAAACUAAUAAACAAAACUAUUUAAAAAACAAAUUACUCGAAACACUUACAUAUUUACACCUACACUCACUCAAUCUAAACACAAGAAAACACUUACAAACAUAUACAAAAUAUAAAGAAAGAAUAUUUUCUGUGUCUUAAACUUGUAUAAAAAAUGUCUUCCAUUACAAAUACUUAACGAAAAAUGAAAUCCAAGCAAAGUAAAACAAUUUAUAAAUCAAUACCUACUAAUUAACUUAAACUAAAAAAUACGAUUAUAUAAGGACAUAUAUAUUAAAACAUUUAACUCGAAAGUCAUUAACCAAGCAUACGCAAUUUCAAAAGUUUCUCUCUGGGUCACCUGUUCAGCUUUAAGUUGUCAGCGAAAUCAGGGGAAAUAAAAAAAGAAAAUUAUAAAAAAACAAACAUUCUUACACCCAUUAGAAGGUUAGAUAAUGUAGUUAGUUAGGGCGGCAGAAGGAAGGGCAUGCAAAGAAGGAUCAUACAAGCAUUAGAAGAAAUAUUAGCAGAAUAUUUAAUAUAUAGUAAAUAUGUAAUAAACCUAAUUUAACACACAACUUAAACCGAGUAAUCAAUUGUAAGUCGUAAGUCAUAAGAGCUGUUUGUUAAACGUUGACGAUGUUGCAGUGCUAUGGCGGGACACCCGUGCGUAUGCGUAAUCUGAGCUGGAGUGUGUGAAAGUUUGGAUGGUUAGGUGAUUGGUUGGUGUUUGAUCGCGUGUGUGCAUAGCUGGGGACCUUGACUGACUUUAAGUGGCGUGUGGGUGGGAAUGUGUGAGAAACGACAAUGGAUAUACCUGGUAGGCCACCGAAGGCAGAACACAAUAUACACACCGUACAGUUAAGAUCGCUAUCCAACAUUUCCCCUCUAUAUCCCCCACUCGGUAUAUGCUGCCGGUAUCUUCCGGUAUCAGCAACAUUCUCACUCACUCCUGUUCACCACAAAUCCACUGUAAAAUGGCAUUCAAUUCCUUCGCAUAACUUCAACUCGAAAAUAAUAAACAUAUUUAUGUAUUCAACUUUUUGCAAAACAACAAUUCCAUAUCAAGAUACAAAAAAAAAAUUAAAGGAAAAUAAAACUUUACUGAAGUAUGUAAUAUUAUAAUAAUGUUCUGCAAGAUUUUCUAUGUUUGUUUAUUUUUAUAAGGAAAUCGAAUGUUUGUAUGUGUAGUCCAUAAUUUUCUAAAGGCAUAUGAAUAUAUUGAAAAAGAAAAAACCACAAAAAAAAAACGAAUGUAAUGUUUAUUGGUCUUAAUGGAAUGGAAAACAAAAUGAAAAAGAAUUGAAUCUACCAUUAUUAACUUACGAAUUAAAUCAAAUUUUUGACAAUGCGAUUUUUGCUUUUUGGAAAUCGUGCUUUUUGCUAGAACAAAACCACAAGAAAACGAAAACAAAAUGAACUAUAAUUAAAAUAUGAACAUACUUUUGCUCUCUAUAAACCCUAUAUACAAGCAUCUUUCUAUAUGGAACAUUUAUAUAAAGCCAUCCGAAACAAAACCAAAAAAAAUAACGUAUAUAGAACAUGUAACAAAA